AUGUCGGACUACGAUCCAUUUGACCGCAAUAUGCGAGUUUGUGUUCAAAGGAACGGCGAAAUCGACGAUGCUAAUUACUGCAAUCUCUUGCUUCCUAGGAGCGGUCCAGAGUCUCCCGGUCCUCAUUCCGAUAUCAAGGGACUAAUGUCAUCGCCGCGUAUAUGCGGCGUCUUGACAGACAAGGAGAUUGCUCACACGAUGCGUACGGAUUCAUUGUGGGCUUCCAAGCCACGCGGCUGCCGACUGCGCAUUACCGUCACAGAUGAAGAAUCUGAUGAUGACUCUGAUGAACCUACGAAUGUAGAAGCGAAUAAGGGUUCUUGGGAAUCGCGGAACAUUCCUGGCAAAAAUAGGACGAGGGCGGACCUAACCUCCGUCGAUCCAUGCGUGUGUCUUGACAGCAAUGGCGUUGGUACCUCAUUUAUGCUGAGCUUGGGGCUGCUGAUCAAGACGACACCUCAAGGCCGGGUAACGCAAGUGGUGCUGGAAGAGAACACGAACAGGGCCCCCGUGCAGGUGCCUCCAGCGUGGAACUACGACAGCUUUAUCACGCUUGCUAGAGUGUUCAGCAUCAUUGCUAUUGCACUAGAGCGUGUAGAGUUCCUUGGUGUACACUCGGAGAUGGGCGAGGCGCUAGGAAAAUCGAGGUCAGAUAUUCAGGAUGAGCUCUUGAGAAGUCUAGAGGCCGAAAUGAGCGACACCAAAAAACUGCAGAUGGCGGCACCCGUGCUGCCAUUUCUGCCGCUUGAUAGACUUUGCGACGGUAGCCAGUUUCUAACGUUGAAUCGGUUGCAAGGGCUUGUCUCGAGAGCUGUGCCAUAUUAUGCUGUGGCCCCGAGGGGCAAGGUCCACCGAGGGUCUUGCGAUUGUCUGCUACCUGGGGGACUGGCAGAAGCAGACAAAGAGGCGGGUAUAUCCAAGGUCAAGAUCACCCCUAGAAGAUUUUAUGACGCCCUGUUGAGCAAUGAAGUCAACCUAAAAGACAAGAUAGUGACUAGAUCCGUGGAUGAGCCUGUAGAGAGCUACAUAGCCCUCUCAUACCCUUGGAAGUCUUACGACUCUCAAGACCUGGAAAAAGUCAUCGCCAAAACCUAUGGUGUACUGAAGCACCGCUAUUACUGGGUCGAUCGAUGGUGUAUAGAUCAAGACAGCUAUGAGGACAAAGAAACUGAGGUGCCAAAGAUGAAGGACUAUUACUCUAACGCCGAGUAUACUCUAAUCCUUCCUGGCAUGGCAUUUCCACUCGAACUUGCACAGCUGAAAGCCGACGGUCCCAAGGUCCGACUAUACAGCCCACAGCUGGUUCAGCAGGUCAAGCAGAUAUGGGAAAGUUGCGAGUGGAGAAAACGCUGCUGGACUUUGCAGGAAGCUAUUAUGAGUAAGAGAUGUACCUUUUGGACAGGUCAAGAAUCGGCCCCCCUGAUCGACUCUUCACAGCUUGUGGGCAUUUUAUGCAGUUCGCCAUUCGGCAACAGCUACAUAAACGUCCUCCCCCACCUCUCUAUGGAGGUCGGAAAUCCGGACAAGAGAACCUUGGUGGCCAUGUCAGCGACGAUAGCAGACCCAACAGAGGAAUCUAUAUAUCAAAGGGCAAUAGUCAGAUGUUCCAGUCACGGUACCAUCCUCGACGCGAAUGCCUGUAAGCGUCCCUUGGCAGUGCUUCUUGACAAGAUUCGUGGGCGAGAAGCCACUCUGGAGUUGGAUGAGUACUACAGCCUGUUCUCCAUGGCAUCGGAUAAGCCUCCCGCAGUAGAUUACAAAAUCGACCCUGUCCAGCUUAUGGAGAAGAUGGUGGGAACCGGCGCUCUAGGGGCAAAUAUCCUAUUGACCAGUACUGGGCGAGACAAUGGCACCAAUGCGAGCUGGGUGCCUCGUAUGUGCGCCCAGCGACAAUAUUCGAUGAUGGGAGCAGGUACAAACGCGGCACAUCCGCAAAUCUCUGACGGUGCAAUGGUCGUUGCUGGAUACUUGCUCCGGAUGAAAACUGUCGGUGAUGACAAUAACGACUCUUUUGCCGUCGGCGCGAAGCUUUCCAUGAUGCAUACCUUCCCGUCAGUCCCUGACUUCGAAGUUCAGGUGGACUGCGUCAUACACGGUGCUGCCAACAUUGCUGGUAUCUUUAAGCCAAAGCCUAUAUUCGACUCGACAAUCCAGGAUUGGGACCUUAUGAUGAAUGUCACUGUUGCGUCGGCAGCUGGUAUCAGAGCUCUCCCUUCAGCGCCAGUAUAUGCAGCUUCUAAGCAUGCCGUAGUAGGCCUCUGUGCUUCGGUGGCUGCCGAGGUUGGAUCAAAGAAUAUCCGUGUCAAUACCGUUGCGCCGGGGUUUAUCGACACCCCAAUGACCCAGAGUACUUUGCCAAGGGGUGCAAAUGGGAAAGCAUUGACAGCAAAGCAAAACCCCAUUGCUCGGGCCGCGCAUCCGGAUGAAGUCGCUGGUGUCAUUGUUUUCCUGUUGAGUGAUCAAGCAUCGUUUCUGUCGAGUUCGAAUGUCCGCGAUGCGCUGCAUCCUUCAAGCGACGCGAUCUCCUCGCUCACCGAGUGCCCAGCAACUGGUAUCAUCAAGGGCUCAGUCGAGAACGGUGGCAGGAGCUAUGAAUCUACGAUUGGUAACCCUCAGCAAACGACAGAACGAUCUCCCUCGUUCGGUAAGGGCACCUCUACUGAACCUCACGAAGACAUUUUGAAUACAGAUGGCUUCGACUUUCUGGAGCUUGGAGACAUGUAUCACGACUCUACCUUUGACUUUAUGCAUUUCAAUGUCACGGGUGAUCCUCACUCUCCAGAAACCCUCGGGUAUCUAAGUCUAGUGCCAGGCCAAGCUGACUUGCCUGUCUUGCCUCCGAAAUCUCGUGACUUUGAUCAGGAGGGCCUUCCAAUCCAAGACGCACUAGCACUUCAUUCGCCAACAAUCAGGACCACGACAGCAGGCCAGUCUCCAGAUCCCGAUGAAGAGAUAACUAGCCUCCAGUCAACAGGGGCUUGCAGUGGAGAAGUAAUCGAUACAAGCAGUAAUUCCGCAGAAGUCGAUAGUCUAUGCUCCCUGGGGCGCCUGGGGCUGAAUAACCUCCAUCUGACGGAAACAAAGAGAGGGGAGAUUCUCGGACUCAUCAACGAUAUGAGGCCAGUUUACCCAGACGGCACAUCGAUCGAUGAGACUACAGCAGACCUCUCACUCACUCGGAUGCAAGAGUACGUAGAUUUAUUCUUUGCCAACUUCAACUCUUGCUACCCUAUGAUCCAUACACCAACAUUAGAGGUUCCCGACGCGGAGCCUUUGUUCCUGUUGUCUAUGAUUGUCCUUGGGGCCACCUACAAGGAGAAAGAAGACCAUCAGCUUUCAGUCUGCCUUUAUGACGCCAUGACGCCAUAUAUCAUGAGUGGGCUCAGUGGUAUCAAGGUGCCUGAUCUUUCCAUUCUUCAGGCCUUUAUGGUUCUAGAAUGUUACGGGAUGUAUAGAGCUGGAGCAUAUCAGCGCGAAAAUGCAAUUAUAAUUCAUACGUUCCUUUUCAACGCUAUAAGAAGACUGUCCCGUUACCAUGUUCGGGCCAGAAUAAUGGUUCCCGACUUGAGUAUAGAUCACGAGAAGGACUGGAAAGCAUUUGCAUACCACGAGCAGUACAAGCGCUUAAUAUUAUUUAUCUUUAUGUGGGAUACGCAGAAUGUCAGUUAUUACUCGUUCAUGCCAAGCAUGUCUACCCAAUCAAUCCAAGUCAAUCUCCCAUGCUCAAAACAGCUUUGGGAAGCCAAGGGUGAAGAUGCAUGGAAAGCAAACAUUUCCUCUGAAGGUUAUCCUCCGAUGAUUAACAGUAUCGUAAAGGACUUUAUCGAGGACGGGGGAAACAUAUGGUGCGAGACCUUGGAUAGCUUAUCUCUGAGCUUUAUCUUGCAUGGUUUGAUGUCAAUGUGCAACGACAUGGUUCAUUUUCACAACCAGUCCAUCUAUCUUGGAAACGCCGCACAAGGGGACAACGAUUCGCGCCGUCGCAUGACGGCUGCACUGGAGCUAUGGAAGACGAAGUACGAUGCUUGCGCUAUGGGAACAAGACAAACCAUCGAUCAGGACUCGUCCCUACACGAGUUUCGUCAGGAAAACGUGGCAUUUCUUGCACUGUAUCACACCGCUCAUAUUGUCGUCGAUGCGGAUAUCCGUCAUCUCCAGAUUGCAGCAGGCGCUGAGGCAAUCUUUGGGCACGUCGUGACAAGCGCAGAGCGCGAAGAAAGUACAAAGGCGGUGAUGGAGUGGGUGCGACUAUCUCCUGACUCGGCUGGUCAUGCCGCGUGGCAUGCUGCACAGAUGAUACGCGAAGGCCUAUUGAACCUGCGGAAUUGGAAGGCUAACGGCAUGUUUCACUAUCCGUGGUGUCUCUAUAUCGGUGUCUUGACGACUUGGGCGUUUGUGCAUUUCUCGCAGGGGCAGAAAGAUAACCGUCGAGCCUGUCAUCAUAGCGUCGGUGGAGAGGAUAUCUUGCAGACACAGUCAAAGGCUCUUAUGCAUCAGACCAUCUCCAACAUGGCCUCUUGUACUCCAACGACUAUUGGCAGAGACCUGCAUAGAUGUUGCCCGCAUGGCUUGGCUAUUGAAGUGGCAAAGUAUCUCAAGACAGUUCGAUGGACUGCUGCCUUUGAAGCAAUGAAGGUCCUUGAGGGCAUUGUGGACAUGGAAUCACUAUAA